AUGACGAAACAUGUGGCGUUUUCACGACCUGGUGAUGAAGUCGGGGAGCCUUCCGUUGAAUUUCACCUGUACGAUUACUGUGAUUCUCAUUCCGUGACGUCGGAAGCUGUGUCCAUUGACUUGUCCAUGAUGCAAGAUCAGCAGCAACAGAAACGUUCAAUGAGGGGGAAACAGGCUGGGAAAAGCCGGGGUCACGACGCGGGAAUGGGAAAGCUAUUGAAGCGGGGGUCUACUUCAGGUACUUCUGAAAAGCGCGCGUCGAUCACGUCAGAGGUCUCUCAUGAUAUCAGUGCUGCAGAGAACAGUUUCUGGGACAAUGAAGAGAAUUCGUUUGCCGACUAUGCCAAUCUUGGCAAUCAAAAAGGGGGACAACGGAAUUCUGGGAAGUUAGUGCAACGUGCAUCCAUCACCUCUGAGAUGUCCGGUGUAGAUAGUUUCUGGAAGGAAGAGAAUUCCUUUGCAGAUUAUGCAAAGUUCGGUGGACUGAAACAAGAUCGAAGAGUAUCUGGAUCCUUCCAUUUGGCGGAAGAAGGAUUCAACGACAUUCGCUUUGACGAUGAAGCUUCUUUGGCGGAUUCGGUGUUAUCUAUGGGUUCCUUUGCCCUCGACGGCGGUAUUGAAAUCUAUGGCUUUGAGGAUAUCAAGGAUGGUGAAGAGUAUCAUGGUAACCACAACAACACCUAUACAGCGCCCUCCAAGGCUUCCAUGCUUGAUGGAUCUAUGGACUCGUGGUCUAUCAACGAGUCUGUCCUAAAGGAGGGUCAUAUUGAUGGGGAAGAAGGCUUGAAGGAUGCCAUGCCUAUGCGUCGGGCGGAUCGCAGGGCACAGAGAGCACGUGAUCGUCUUUCCGCCUACUCCAGAGUACCUAGUCGCAAUGGUUCUAUUGGCUCCCUGACAUCAAAUCCAAGACGCAAUGGUUCUAUAGGAAAAUACUCUGACCAUUCGGGUCCAAUUCCAAGACGCAAUGGUUCCAUUGGAAAAUACUCUGACCACUCUGGUCCAAGACGAACUGGUUCUCUUGGAAAAUAUUCUGACCACUCUCUUGGAUCGUUAUCCAUGGCGUCGUCAGGUCCAAGGCGGACUGGCUCCUUGGGAAAAUAUUCCGACCAUACGCCACGAGGAGUUGGUCGUCGAUCGUCUGCUGCUCCAGGGCAUCGUCGCAACGGUUCGAAUGGAUCUCUUGCGGCAGCCGUUCUUCCAGGACGCAAUCGACCUACUGCAGAUGCUCCCGAGCCCGAUAUAGAAGACGGGAGCCCUACCGUGCGGCAGAGAAAUGGACGCGAGCCCGGUACCGGUACGGAAGAAGGGAGCCCUACCGUACGGCAGCGAAAUGGACGCAAUAAGUCAGACAAAAAGGAAGUAUCAGCAACAUCGGCACCAUCCAUGCCGUCCGUAGAAAAGAAGGAUUCCAUUGUUUCGUCCAAAGUUACCAAGGCAAUGAAGAUGAAAUUGGGAACAGAUCUUCCAGGGGGUGCUAUUCUUUCGCCACGGACCAAGUCGUCCAAGAAGUCAGCAAAGAUCAAAAUGGGGUCCGAUUCAGAUAUUCUCCCACGGAGUCGGAGUGGUUCUACACGGCAGCAAUUGUUGGGAUAA